GAGCCCUUAUGAGCCCCUCCUUUAGAGUAGAAUCCUCAAAACAGGUUCUAAAUACUGUUGACAUCUAGUGGAUGUCCUCCCCUCAGCCGUCCUCCCCUCAGCAGCCUCCACUGACACACACUGGCGAACUACACACACUCCAAACCUCCUUUAUUUGUAUUCGUAUGUUCAUAAUCUCUCUCCUUUUGACCCAUAGUGCAGUGCGUGUGUCCUUGUACCGUACCAUAGAACUCUAGGUAAGAGUGGGAGGAGCCUCAGCCAGUGUCUUGCAGGGAAGCGACACCCACUCCGAGCGCCUACUGGCCCACCUGCUGGGUGACAACACACCCUUGGCGGACUCUGUUAGGCCCACCAGCUCUCCUCAGCUCCGUGAUCUGGUUUCCAAAAAGCCCUGCACUAAAAGCCGGAAGCCUGGAUUGGCUGUGAGCGACAGGGGCGGCGCCUCUUUCCAGAGGAAAGGAGUCUCGCUGGCCAAUCAGGACACCUGCCUGUCUGCACUCAGAGCAUUGAGACAAGUCAUACUGACCAGUGGAUCUCUACUGAAGGAAAAUAUACACUAGCGUGUCCACGAUGUCGUCCUCCCCCUGUGUGUGUGUCUGCAGCAACAGCAUGGUGCUAAUUGGAGUGACAGCGGGGCUGGGGGGGGUGAGUGGCCAGUAUGGCAGUGCACCCACCCCCACCCCGUAGGGAGCUGUACCGUCUGCAACUGGCUCUGGUCUUAGUGCCCCCACCCCUCAACUUUACUGUGCCCAUGCUCAGCCACGGGAGGAGGGAUAGGAGUCUGAAGGUAUCCUCCUUCUGUACAGAGGCCCUGACCAUAUGCAACUCCCUCCUCCAUCCGCACACCCCCUCACCCUCAAACCCCCCCAGGCAUCCAACCUCCUAGGGGGGCCCACCCCAGGACCUCCCUUCCCCAGCUCCCUGGACAACCACCUACCUCUGGUUCUUCCAGGGCUCUCCGGCGGCCAGAGACCCGUUUUCAUCCUCUACGACAAAGAAGAGGCAUCGGAUGUGGAGAUUUCGCUAGACAGCGAUUCGGACGAUGGCGUGUUAAUCGUGCCACAGAGGAUGCUGAUGUUGGAAAGCCAAGAUGGCACCAGCGCUGCGGCCACUCUUCCCGGGUCUUCCUUAGCACCAGGUGGCGUCACACUCCCCAUGCCCUGUCCAAGGGGCGACCCGGGUGGGGACAUCUCCCUCCCCCUUUCCAACGACCUUCCCUCUACCUCCCUCCCUCACCUCCCCUCCUCCACCCCAAACUACACCGUCAACUUGUUCCCUCCAGCUCCGCUAGUCUCUCUGGUUCCCCCUCUCAACUCCACCGGUGUGGCCCAACUCGGGGAACCCUCUGUGGGGUUAGGAGUCGGGACUGACUCCCUGCCUGGAGCCCAGCUCCAGCAGAUGUUGCUCCAGGGCCAGCCUCCAGCACCAGGUCAACCUACAGCACUGGAUCUCCCCAUACAGGUUCACCAGAACCAGUUAGCCCAGUCCAGCAGAGCCCUACAGCAGCAACAUUAAUCCGUUGACGAAGAUCACACUGUCAUUCAUAUCAACCGCUCUGAUGAAGAAGAGGAUGAGCUGGAAGAGGAAGAGAGCGAUUUCCCAGAUGAGGAUAUUUGAUGAUGAAGACCUUGAUGAUUAUGAGGCGGAAGAGGGGGGAGAUGGAGGAUGAAGAAGAGGGAGAGAUUCGGCUGUUGGACGGAGAAGGGAGGAGAGGCGGGAUGGGAGGACGAGAGGAAGGAGAGGUGCUCAGAGGGUAGGUGGAGGAGGGAGGGAUAGGAGGAUUCCGAGUGGAGAGCGAGGGGGAGGGAGGGAUAGGAGGAUUCCGAGUGGAGAGCAAGGGGGAAGGAGGGAUAAAGGCUCAGGAGGUAGAGCGCAUCAGAGUGCUGGAGGAAGAGAGAGAGGGAGACGAGGAUGCCAAUGAAGGAAUGAAUGAUCCGACCAUGCCUCAGAUUCUGUGUGUGACGGGCGGAGCUCUGAGAGAGAGCUAGCUCAGGCAGAGCUAGAUGAGGAAGGGGCCGGGCAUGGGCAGAAAGUGAGGUCAUGGGAGCAGAAGGGAGGCAAUCGGCUGGAGGGAACGUCCUCUUCUGAAGACGGUCCUGCUGCUCAACACCAACAGGAGGCGGAGCCUGCACCGGAAGUGAGGGUGGACGGUGACGAUCAGCCAUCCAAUCAGGAGGGAGAAAUAUCCAAACAGGGCGGCGACAAUACCGGACAGGAUAUGAGGUCAUCAACAGCUCCGAGGGAGAGCAAGGGAGAGGGGCCUGAACGAGAGAAAGAAGGAGAGGAUGGGAGAGGGAUGAAGAGAGAGAGAAAGGAGGAAGGAACAGGACAGGAACAGAGAAGAAAAAUGUAAGAAAAAGACUCUCAAACACACUGUUCGAAAUGUGUCCAUAUAACCAUUACACCACUCAGGCUUUUUAUACUGUACAACCCACACAUUUCCCAUGUGUUACAUGGACAUGGCUUAGGGGGAAUACUUUGCAGAUAUACAAAUGAUGUUGGUUAAUGACCGUUGUGCAUUUCCUCUGCCACAGAAUUGGCCAACAAGAGUUAUCUAACAACCCACACUCUCUCUCAGUUGGAUGAAGAAGCGAUGGCGUCCAUGCUAGCCGACAUCGUAGCCUGCCCUCCAGACAAUGUAGAAAAUGUGCCCUCUGCCCAUCCUAAACAAGGCCAGGCACGGCUCCAUCACAAUACCUUCAGAACAACUCGAUUUUUAGCCCCUAGUCUCACACAUUCUUUCAUUAUCAACAUACUGCUAAGACAAUGUUCAACACAUUGAGGCUGGGUUUAGAAUUGGCACCCCAAUUCUGAUAUUUUUUCCACUAAUUUGUCUGUUUUAUUUUUAUUUUAUUUUUUACACCCCUUUUUCUUCCCAAUUUCAUGGUAUCCAAUUGGUCUUGUCUCAUCGCUGCAACUCCCGUACGGACUCGGGAGAGGUGAAGUUCGAGAGCUGUGUGUCCUCCGAAACACGACUCAACGACUCAACUGCUUCUUGACACAAUGCCCACUUAACCUGGAAAGCCAGCCGUACCAAUGUGUCGGAGGAAACACUGUACACCUGGUGACCGUGUCAGCGUGGAGUCUCUAGUGCUCAAUGGGAUGAGGACAUCCCUGCCGGCCAAACCCUCCCCUAACCUGGACGACGCUGGGCCAACUGUGCGCCAUCCCAUGGGUCUCCCGGUCGCGGUCGGCUGCGACAGAGCCUGGACUCGAACCCAGAAUCUCUAGUGGCACAGCUUAGCACUGCGAUGCAGAGCCUUAGACCACUGUGCCACUCGGGAGGCCUCUCACUAAUUGGUCUUUUGACCAAUCACAUCAGAUCUUUUUCAGAGCUGAUCUAAUUGUUCAAAAGACGGAUUUAGUGAAAUAAAUAUCAGAACUGGGCUGCCUGUGUAAACACAGCCAGCCAUAGAGGUUGGAAUUAGAUCGGUCUUAAACGAUCACGUUUCGUCUUGAAUGCAGGACAGUAGAUGCAUUUGUUAUACAACUCUCUGGGCUAUUAUUAUUUAAAAAACGCUUCAAUUAUUUUACAUCAAAACAUAAAGACUUUGCAGCUCGUACUGGUGUGUGCUGUGUUACUGAGUGGAGUAGUCACGUGUUUUUGGAUCUUUAUAGACAGUAUAUGACUUCUGUUCUUUUUGUUCUCACGUCUUUUCUUACAAAAUAAACGUCAAAUGCAAACCUGUUGAAACGGA